AUGCUGCGGCAGCUCAGCAUGGAUACGGUGCGGCAGAACUUCUGGAAGGAGGAAUUUCUGAGGGAGAAGAUGUUGCGCUGUGAAUGGCACCGCAAGUUUGGAUCGAUGGUGAAGGCCAAGCAGAAGGCUAAGGCUGCAGCCCGCCUACCCCUCAAACUGCCCACCCUGCAUCCCAAAGCCCCACUCUCACCCCCACCGGCCCCCAAAGUGGUCCCUUCCAGGGGCCCCGGCCCUGCCCUGGAGGCUCCUCUGCAGUCAGAAAUGUACCCGGUACUGCCUGCCACGCGGGCCCUGCUGUAUGAAGGCAUCUCCCACGACUGCCAGGGGCGCUACCGCUACCUCAACGCCCGCAAACGGGACAUGCCAGAGAUGCGCUACCGCUUCCCCAUCACCACCAGCUUCAUGUAUGGCUGGCAGCUGGGCCCACCAGCGAAGCAAGAACUGGUCUCCUGCAAGACGUGUCGCAUUGAAUCGUUCUUCCGCAAGAACGGGGCCUUCUCGCCCCUUGACCCCCGCGACCUGGCCCUCUGA